GCCGAGGGGACACGAAACAGGCAUACCAGAGUUAGCACUUUCAUGCCAGAUAUUCCUCGAGCCUAGAUAUCGCUUCUGUUGCCCGCAUCUUUUUCUUUGACUUGCGACCCUGCCUCGACGUUCCUUACUUGUACCGCCUCGCACGUAGCGAAUUACACCCAUCACACACAUCCAGGAUGCCGACUAUGUGGCUUUCAGAUACCCAAAAGAUUGGGGUCGCCUUCUGCUCUGGAGGCGGACUUUUUUUAAUGGGUGGUGUCAUGAUGUUUUUUGAUCGCGCCAUGCUAGCAAUGGGCAACAUACUCUUUAUAAUUGGCCUUACACUCAUCAUCGGAACAACAAAAACGGUAGCCUUCUUCGCUCGCAAGCAAAAAUGGAAAGGCACCCUUGCCUUCAUUGCCGGUAUAUCGCUCAUUCUCAUGCGCUGGGCAUUCGUCGGCUUCAUAGUCGAGCUUUAUGGGAUUCUCGUUCUUUUCGGCGAUUUCCUCGCAACCAUUGCGGGAUUUGUUAGCAAUGUACCGAUCAUUGGCCCCUACAUUGCAAAGGCUCUACAGGCAAUAAGUGGAGCGACAAGAAACUCAGACCUGCCAGUCUAAGACUGGGAAGACCAUGGAUUUACGGAAAUGAGGAUACACGUAUGCUGGGAUGACGGGAUAUUGUAUUAUGUGUAGGCGCAAGAGUUAGGGCAAAACAUUAGAUGGCUGAACAGGCGUUGGGAUCGACUAGACUACAUAGGACUUUAGGGUCUUUAGAUGCAUUCAUGUAUAAGGGUGAACGCUGUUCAGUGUCCAAUUGGCUUUUCUGCAAUGAUGAGUAAGACAGUAUUGUUAGAUGUGAGCGUAAAGCAACUUGCAUUCAAGCUC